AGAUCCCAGCUCCGCCGGCACGUGGAGGAAGACGAGAAACAGAAAAGGACAACGAAGGAGAGGAAGAUGCAUUCCGGUGAACGAGUACGCAGGACAAUGGGACAGAGCGGAGGUCUGGAAAACCCAAGACAAGAGCUGGAUCUUUAACUGGAUCGUCCCACAGAAGUACAGUAAGUGUGCUGUCCGAAGCCCAGAACACCUCGUAGGAACUGCCCCUUCAUUUCCAGAAGUUCAAAUCUAAGUUUACCAGGCUGAUUGGAUGCUGUUUUUAAAGAGACACGUGGGCAAUUCACACCCUUUUAGCUUUGCAUAUCUAUGUUUUUUUAUUUAUAUUGUCUGUUUAUGAAGUCAUGAGUUUAGUUUCCGUGUUCUUCUGGUUCAAGCGAUUCGCCCGCAAGACACUAAUCACGGAUGCUAUUGUGCAAUUGCAUGUGAUGUGAGUGUUUAAGAUGAGGGAAUGAUUUGAAAUCACUACCAGACAUCCUCUCAUGGAUCUCAGCAUCGAUCGGGACGCCUGUCUGUCCGUUCCGGGUCAGACUCCAAGCGUCUCCGCCUCGUCGCCUUUGCUUAAACAGACUCACGCAGGCGGGUUUAAGAAAGUGUGUCGGAUUGAAGAGGAAAGCACGUGUCCGUUCCCCGGCCUGCCGGCAGGUGUGCUACAAAUGAGGGUGAAGGAGGGCAGCAAGAUUCGCAAUCUCAUGGGUUUCGCCAUGGCACGCAUGCAGGACGAAGCCCGGGACGCCGGUCAAACCGGACUGAGACAGGUCGUGUUCACCGGGUCCGGACGAGCCGUGACCAAAACCAUCACGUGCGCCGAGAUCAUGAAAAGAAAGCUCGGCGGCCUCCAUCAGAUGACCAAGCUGCAGUACAAGGGUCUGCGAGAGGUCUGGGAGAGCCAAGAAGGAGGCGAUUCGGAGGUGACCGUCCACCGGACGCUUCCCUCCAUCAGCAUCCUGCUCUCCAAAGACCCGCUGGACCCGCUGGAACCGGGCUACCAGCCUCCGGAGAACAGCUUGUGGGAGGAGAGGAACGGAGGAGAAGCUUCACAGGCGGCGGAGAAACGAUCUGUAGACUCAUCUGAGAUUCCAACGGAGCCACUGGCAAAGAGGGUCUGUCUCUGAGGAUUAUGGGUGUGUUAAAGACGACCGUUUCCACCGAAAGCUCUGAAACUCUCUCAGAACCAGCCUUGAAAGCUGAAUGAACCGGUCCGGAUCCAUGCAAACAUCUCAGAUGGACAUCAGUCAGAUGCUUCAUAACGGCUCGCACUGCUGGAAAGAUGCUGCGUUCAUUUAUUAAA